AAAAAGAAAAACGAUUUCUUCAUGGAAUCUCCAGCAAGCGUGUCGCGGGCUUGAGACUUCCGCCUCCUAGAAGCUUGCAGUACAAGAGGACGACCGAGGCUGGAACCAUGCUCAAGAUGGUGGUCUCGUUGACAUGGGAGUGAUGCCAAUCUAUGAUACCAAGGAACAAGAAAAUAACCCAAGGAAAGAAGAAAACACAAGCCCCUUGCCUACCAACAAUGCACGCUACCCGCACUUGAAUGCGGGGAGUGCUCUUUGUGUGGUGAAAAGUCUUUGUGUUGCAAACAGGGUGUUGCACGGCAUGAAGAAAAGUCACCAAGCACGCGAAAAAGAAAUAUUACAAAAGCAAAGAAACACUGCAUUUGCAUGCCUUGAGUUUUCUUUCUCGAGCAAAGUCCCCCUCCAUGAAGAACUCUUUCGUAUUCUUGUUGAUCGUGAUGGCACAAUCUUUGCUGCAGGUGGAAUCCAACUGUCAGACGGGCGAAUGGAUCAGCCACGGAGGAGAUCUCAAGAAUCGUCGCUUUGCAGAAGAUGAGCACUUGAUCAGCGUCUGGAGCGCGCCUCACUUAAGCGAAAAGUGGAGCUUUGACGCUGGCGCGGACAUUUCGGCCACACCAGCGAUUUACGACUGUGUUGUCUACUUCCCAUCGUGGAACGGGCUUGUCUUCGCAGUUACCAUCCACGGAGAACUUCUCUGGAGCACGAACUUGACAGAAAUCACGGGAGUUGCCACUUUGUCGCGGACGAUACCGGCUGUGACUGAAGAGCUCUUGCUGUAUGGUUUGCUCGGUCCCGCUAGAGGUGUUGCUUUACACCGUAAGAAUGGAAGAAUGGUGUGGAUGUCAGAAGAUCUGGAUGAAACGCCCCUGGCAAGGAUCACCAUGUCAGGAACAGCAUACGACGGGUAAGCAAACUUCAUUUCUUUUCUUUUUUUCUGCUCUUGAGAACCUAUCAUACUGGCAGAGCUUUCUACGUUGGUAUGUCUUCGCUCCAAGAGCUUGUAAAGGC